CCCGCCCGGCUGCUCCAACCCCGGGGCGGGCUGGGGUGCCGCCCGGGCAAGGGCCGGGAGUUGGGCCGCGGCGUCCCCGUCCCCGAUCCCGUCCCCGAUCCCGUCCCAGCUCCGCAACCUGGACGCGCGGGGAGGAAGGUGAGCCGCCCGGGCCGGCCGUGCGGGCGGCAAAGUUUGGCUCCGAGAGGAAGCGGCCUCCGGCGCCGGCAGGUGGCGGCCGGGCCUGGCCCCCGGCGCUCGCGGCCUGCGGACGGGCUCCGGGCGAGGGUGCGCCCGACGGGGCCUCGAGCGGGUGGCCGGGCCGCGGGCGAGAGGGGAGGGACGGCGCGAGAGCGGGCGGCGGCGCCGGGGAGACAGCGCCGAAGUUGGCGAGAGGCGCCGCCCCGCCCCCAGCCCUGGCCCCCCGAGAGCGGCCCGAGCCAUGGAGCCCCCGCGGGGAGGCGGCCCUGCGGGCCCGGGACGCGCGGAGCGGCGCCUCCUCCCCGCCGGGUAGACCACGGAAGCUGCCGGACUUCUGCCCCAGCGGGCCGCUCAGGAUGCCGCCGCUCAGCCUCCUCUUCCUCCUCCUGGGAGGCGCGCUGGCCCAUCCAGACCGGAUCCUUUUCCCAAAUCCUGCCUGUGAAGACCCUCCAGCAGUGAUCUUGGAAGUACAGGGCACCUUACAGAGGCCCUUGAGCCGCGACAGCCACAGCUCCCCUGCCAACUGCACCUGGCUCAUCCCUGGCAGCAAGGAUCAGACAGUGAUGAUCAGGUUCCAAAAACUGCACUUGGCCUGUGGCUCAGAGCGCUUAAUCCUGCGCUCCCCUCUCCAGCCACAGAUCUCCCUGUGCGAGGCACCGGCCAGCCCUCUGCAGCUGCCUGGGGGCAAUGUCACCAUCACCUACAGCUACGCCGGGGCCAGAGCACCCAUGGGCCAGGGCUUUCUGCUCUCCUACAGCCAAGAUUGGCUGAUAUGCCUGCAGGAGGAGUUCCAGUGCCUGAACCACCGCUGUGUGCCCUCCGCCCAGCACUGCGACGGGGUCGAUACCUGUGGAGAUGGCUCGGAUGAGGCAGGUUGCAGUUCAGAUCCCUUCCCUGACCUGGUCCCUGCCUCUGACCCCUCCCCACCCUGCAAUCACACCUUGGAAGACUUCUAUGGGGUCUUCUCCUCCCCUGGAUACUCACACCUGGUGUCAGUCUCCCGCCCCCAGUCCUGCCUCUGGCUGCUGGACCCCCACGACGGCCGGCGCCUAGCAGUGCGCUUCACAGCCCUGGAUCUGGGCUAUGAAGAUGCAGUGCAUGUGUACGAUGGCCCUGGGCCCCCCAAAACGUCCCGGCUGCUGCGCAGGCUCACCCGCUUCAACAAUGGCAAGGCUGUCACCGUGGAGACGCUGUCUGGCCAGGCCAUUGUGGCCUACCACACAGUUCCUUGGAGCAGUGGUCGGGGCUUCAAUGCCACCUACCACGUGCAGGGCUAUUGCUUACCUUGGGACCAACCUUGCGGCCUAGGCUCCGGCCUGGGGGCCAGUGAGGGCCUCGGGGAGCGCUGCUACAGUGAGGCCCAGCGCUGUGAUGGCUCGUGGGACUGUGCCGAUGGCACAGAUGAGGAGAACUGCCCCAGCUGCCCGCCUGGACACUAUCCCUGUGGGGCUUUUGGCACCCCUAGUGCCACAGCCUGCUACCUGCCUGCUGACCGCUGUAACUACCAGACCUUCUGUGCUGACGGAGCAGAUGAGAGUCGUUGCCGGCACUGCCAGCCUGGCAACUUCCGAUGUCGGGACGAGAAAUGCGUGUAUGAGACAUGGGUGUGCGAUGGGCAGCCAGACUGUGCUGACGGCAGCGAUGAGUGGGACUGCUCCUAUGCCCUGCCCCGCAAGGUCAUUACCGCUGCAGUCAUCGGCAGCCUGGUGUGCGGUUUGCUGCUGGUCAUUGCUCUGGGCUGCACCUGCAAGCUCUAUGCCAUUCGCACCCAGGAGUACAGCAUUUUUGCCCCCCUCUCCCGAAUGGAGGCUGAGAUUGUGCAGCAGCAGGCACCCCCCUCUUAUGGGCAGCUCAUUGCCCAGGGCGCCAUCCCACCUGUGGAGGACUUCCCUACGGAGAAUCCUAACGAUAACUCGGUGCUGGGCAACCUGCGUUCUCUGCUUCAGAUCUUGCGACAGGAUAUGACUCCCGGGGGUGCCUCAGGUGCCCGCCGCCGCCAGCGCGGCCGCACUGUCCGCCGCCUGGUGCGCCGUCUCCGCCGCUGGGGCCUGCUUCCUCGAACCAACCCCCCAGCCCGAACCCCUGAGGCCAGAUCCCAAGUCACACCUCCUGACGCUCCCCUUGAAGCCUUAGAUGGCAGCACAGGUCCAGCCCAAGCAAAUGCCACACUGCUGAAGAAGUCAGAGAAACUGUUGGCAGGCUUGGACCGGAGCGGGCCGCCCUCUGCCCCUGGCCUCCCCAGACGAAGGGGCAGCAUGCCUGUCCCCUACAAGCACCAGCUGCGGCGGGCCCAGGCUGUAGAUGAACUUGACUGGCCACCUCAAGCCUCAUCCUCUGGCUCUUCUGACUCCUUGGGCUCAGGGGAGGCAGCCACCACCCAAAAGGAUGCCAUCUUCAAGGUCAUGCUUGUGGGGGAGAGUGGCGUGGGCAAGAGCUCCUUAGCAGGCACUUUUGGCGGUCUCCAGGGAGACGGUGCUCAAGAGCCAGAGAACCCAGAGGACACCUAUGAGAGACGCAUCAUGGUGGACAAGGAGGAAGUGACUUUAGUGGUUUAUGACAUCUGGGAACAGGGGGACGGUGCUGGGUGGCUGCAGGACCACUGCCUUCAGACUGGGGACGCCUUCCUCAUCGUCUUCUCAGUCACUGACCGACGAAGCUUCUCCAAAGUUCCAGAGACUCUCCUUCGACUCCGAGCUGGGAGGCCCCACCACGACCUGCCUGUCAUCCUCGUGGGAAACAAGAGUGACCUGGCCCGCUCCCGGGAGGUCUCACUGGAGGCCCUUUUCCAGGGCCUCGCACCCUUCCCGCCGCACACCCUGACCCUGACCCCGCCCCUCCCCGCAGAGGGCCGCCACCUGGCCGGGACCCUGAGCUGCAAGCACAUCGAGACGUCGGCCGCGCUGCACCACAACACCCGGGAGCUCUUCGAGGGCGCCGUCCGCCAGAUCCGCCUGAGGCGGGGCCGCGGCCACGCGGGGGGCCCGCGGCCGGAGCGGGGCAGCCCCGAGGGCCCCGCGCCCGCCGCGCGCCGCGAGAGCCUCACCAAGAAGGCCAAGCGCUUCCUUGCCAACCUGGUGCCCCGCAACGCCAAGUUCUUCAAGCAGCGCUCCAGGUCGUGUCACGACCUCUCCGUGCUCUGAGCCGCGGUCGCCAUGGUCACCGCGGUCGCCAUGGUCACCGUGGUCGCCAUGGUCACCGCUCUCGGCUCGCCCCCCAGGCCCCGCCGCGCCCUGUCCGACUUCCUUUGUGAAGACGGCCGGGGCCGGAGGGGGGAGGGUGUAGACUCUAGGAAACCAAAAACUCCCCGGACGCCCCGGGGUGACCGCGUGAGAGGGGUGGGGGGCGGCCUCCGAAACGCCCGCCUCCGCCCCGGGCGCCAGAGACGGGCCUCAGCCCCGAAGGCGGGCGCGCCGACGGGCGGGAAGGUACAGUGUUUUGUUCAUUACUUCGCGCUUCACCACCUCUUCUGUAGAGACCCUGAGACCGAGAACUGGAAAAGUGCUUUGUAGACUCUUUUACAGGGUUUUUCCAUCUUUGUACUCUGCACGAACAUGCCUCACCUUUAAGAGAUUCUUAAAGGUAAAGACACAGAGACCCUUCUUGGAGACUUUUCCUAUAACGUUCUGGCUCUUAUCUGCUGCACUUGUCCACUUUGCCUUUAAGGAGUUAAAUAAGGCAGGGGCCUGGUAGUGCUAUUUUUUGAGAAUUGAUUUUGUGAUAUAUCAUUACACCACGGCACUUCCCCUUUAAGGCUCUUAAAGGUAAGGUGUGGACAGACUUUUGCCUUCAGAUGCCAGCGUGAGUUGCUGAGCGGGUGGUAACUCCCCUUUGGCCAGGGCCCAGGAGGUGCCAGCAAGGGUCCACCUUUCCCUUUAGAAUAAAGAAUUUUUCUACUGCA